AUGGACGGGAAGCUCCAGUCCCCCAGCACCUGGCAGCGCUACAAGCUCGGCCAGGCGCGGGUGACCGACUGGCUGAAGCAAACCGCCAGCAAAUUCACGCCAAGCCCGACACCGCCGGAUGCCAGCGAAGGCAAUGGCUCGUCCGCUGGAACGAGAAAGCCCAAGCUGGACGCGGCCUCUGACAAGGUGCACUGGAGCGAGCUGGAACACAUGGCGGAGACAAUCGCCAACAACAGCAAGCCUGAGGAAAUCCCGUGGGACCCGAUCCUGGUCCUGCGGGAUGUGGUGGCACUGAGGAAGAAGAGCGCUCGGUUCUAUUCCAAGACUGCCGACCAAGACAAGACCGGCAGAUUAAAGCUCAGCAACCAGCAGCACGAGCACAUUAUCAAGGUGCUGGAGAAGGUCCUCAGCGUGCUCGAGUCGGCUGUGUCAGGCGUACGCCCGAAGCAGAAGGAGGAGCCUCGGAGGGCCGGCGACCGCCUGGAUAUGAAAUUGCUAGACAACAUGUUCAACCUUCUCCAGUUCCAGAAGCCAGGCAAGCACACAAAGAUGCCAAAGUCGGAGGCUCCUGAGGCAGAAGAUGUCGAUCCGGAGCAAUCGGAGUCGGAGUAUGAAUCCGACGUAGAGGAAGCCCCGACGUCAAGCACUCCAGGCCUCAAGCAGGCUAAGAAGGCCUCAAAGAAGGGCAAAAGCGGCAAGGGCAAGAAGGGUAAGAAGGCCUCCAAGCCCAAGGGCGGUGCGAAGAAGUCCAGCAAGGCCGAGGACAACACCUGGGUCGACCGCUUCUCGGUGGGCAGGAGCCCUGAGGAAGUCGACGGCGAGGAGCUCGACUACCACAUGCUCAUCUACUGCUUCUUUGAGGAUUUCAACGUCAUCCGCAACUACGUCAACGAGCGCUGGGCCGACUACUUCUACGACAAGUCCGUCUCGCUCAACACCCUCGCCGUCAUCACCAACGCCGCCGCCGAGCCUUUUCGCAACAUGGAGAAUGAGCUUCUCUACAUUCUUCGCGAUAAUGGCCUCUCGAACCUCUGCACGUACGACGCGAUGAUGGAGUUUCUCCUCAACGAAGUGGGCAUUUUGCAUGUUGACUACGACUACAAGCCCGCGUCGAAGGAGGAACAAGACGAGAAGGUCUGGCGCGACGAGUAUGACUGGCUAGCAUGGUCCGCAUACCAAGGUAUCAAAAAUGUCUUUGACAUCACGCCGCCAGGGAAGAUCCCCAUGAUCCCUCCUUCAGCUCGCCCACGACCCGAGUAUGGCCCCAUUACCGGUGACGACUUCGCGGAUUUCAACAACAUUUGCAUCUUUAAUCUAUUAACGGAGAUCGCUGCAGUGCAUUCGAUGAAAAAGAUGCAGGAGCAGCCUCCCGUCAUACCAGGUCAACCAGAGAUGGAGCUUGACUUUGAGAAGAUGCUGGAGCUGCGCAAGUACACGUCUCACUUCGUCUUCUCCCUCCAACUUUAUCUUGACAUCCGCAACAUCAUUGAUGCUCAGGUGGAAGUUGCAUUUGAACAGCUCCAAGAAACGGGCAAAGUGGUUAACCAGUGCACAAGGAUGUCUAUCAAUACGUGUGACACCGUCUUCAAAUCGUAUUGGGGAAAUUUAGCGAAGCGCGACAUCAAAUUCAUGGAGUGUUACAUCUUUCAUGAUUUCACGUUGGCCAACAAGAAACUAAUAGCAGACUGGAAUGGCCUGGACGUUGAGGAUGGACUCCCCUCGUACGAGCUAUUCCGCCGUGAACCUGUCUGGCCCGCAUUGCUUGAUUUUCGGACUAAGUUGCAAGCCACAAUUAUGAGCAUUCGUCUUCUUUCCCGAACACCCGCGCCCCUGUGGUCUGGUGUGUUAUACACCAUUGCCAAGCGGGACUACGCCGACAUGCCCUCCUGGUCAGAAUUCGACAAGUUCCUGGCGUUCCACGAAACGGAUCUCCUCGGAUUCCAUACACCCGUCACAAGCGAACUCAAAGCUUCCGAUGUUCUUGUUAAGCACACGACGAUCUCUAAAGGCAAGCUGUACCAUAUCUGGGGAGACCUCCUCAAGAAGACCGAUUGUGUUGCUAAAUUUCACGAGCGCUACGGGGAAAAUAAAGUUUGGAAGCGUGGAAACAUGGACUACAUCGCUCACAUCGCCCGCCAUCACCUGGGCCUGCCUGUCGACUCCAACGUAAGCCCUUUCGGCAUUCCGCAAAAGUUUGCAAAGACGAAACAGGCGACGGGUGAAGAAAAGACGAAGGACAUGUUGCAGCGCAUCCAGCGGGUCGGCAACAUGCGCCACGUCGAGGUCCUUCAAAUUCUGGACCAGGUUGUGGAGUCAAUCGUGCAUGGCGAAUUUGCAAUCAACUAUUACAAGCUGGACUGGGAAAUCCAAAGCUUUGCCGUCUUCCUGCGGGAGACGCGGGAGACGUCGUCGGAGAAGGGUCUGCUUGGGAAGCCCGAUGGCAGCGUGGACGCGUACCUGGCCAGUGACGACAACGACGUCUUGCUAGGCGAGGUCAUUAGGUCCGCCAUCAGUCGCUCCGCCGAUCAGAAGUGUGUUUCUCGUGUGUCUGAUGAAGUCCGUAACAGGGUGGAUGUAAACGACUACGAUUAUCUGUACAAGAAGUUCAUGGAGACCAAGGACGGGAUGGGUCGCAUCCAUAACGAGGAGUACGGCGGAGACCAGCAAUGGACGGACGACGACGAAGAUGGAGAAAUGGAAAGUUAUGACCGGGGAUCAUAG